AUGGACGCACUAGAACCAACGCCGCUGCAUAUGGCCCGACGCAUAGGCCUUCGUGGACCACGCGCCCCGCCAUCUGUAGCGGGAUCUGGUACGCCGAGCAUCACAAGCUCUGUAUCGGAUAUGUCUCAUUUACACCUGACAUCGGAGCAGGAUCGUGACACAUCGACCUCAGCGAGUGAUCCCGAGUCUGAUGCAGGUGUAGAGGCUGACCACCAUGUACUCCCGCCAAACUUUCGCGAAAUUCGUGCUCGUGCUGCUGAGCAGCGUCGUGCUCGUGCAGAAGCUCGUGUAUCAUCACAGGAGCAAGAUCCGCCAGCAGACGAAAUACCCCGGCUUGCUAUCAACUCUAUAGCUGAAGAGCCAGUCGUCACCGAAACAGUAUCAGAACCUGAGUCGGAAGCCACACAGGGGCCACUCGCUUCCCCGCGUCCUCAGCCACCAUUGCGUGCUCCUAUGGCGCUUCCCCCUUUCCUUGGCGCCAGAGCGUCCCAAUUAUAUGAGACGCCACAGCGCGCCGCCUCUGAAUCAGCUGCGCCAGAGUCACAAGCGCUGGAAGUGCCCAUGCUGUCAGAGCCGCGUCCGCGUGCUGCUUCUCAGAUGUCGGACCACCCGCCACACACCACUCGAGGCCCGCCACCAGCACCAUCUGCCCAGUCACCCAAUACGCAGCGAAGUCGUCGGCGCGAAAGUCAAAGACGCCUAUCUCUCUUGCGUGGACAGAGGCGCGAGCCUAACCAUUCAUUGUUAGCUGCGCUCAGUGCCCAGGGCCAGACGGGACCAGGUGUCCUUCUUCCGAGUCUAUACGGCUCUUUGUCGAAUGAGCCAGCUCCGACUCAGCUUCGCCCCGCUGGUGUCUCUUACGGUCAGCAUGCUCAUGGGCGCGUAGGUGCACCGUGGCAAGCAGAUACUUCAUUGGGUGUUACAAGCAGUGAUGGACAUGGCUACGUUCAUCCUCGUCUAUCGGAGCGUAUUUUGGCUAGUGGGCCCAGUGUCACGAAUUUGCACCCGGCAUCGUCAAGUGUCCACAUGUCGCCCGGAGCGGAACUUCGUAUUCAAACUGCCCAGCUCCGCCACGCUCAUGUACAGCCAGGAUCUGUGCUAUUUCCUGCUGGUAUAACCUCGGCACUAUGUACAGAGGCCAAGGCCAGGGACGCUCACAUGUCGCGCAAAUUUGAAGAAAAUUCGGCCCUAUCUUUCUCAUGGGUGAUUGAAGAUGCUGCGUUACUAGCAGAUGAAGUGGCGCACGGCUCGAAUGCUGCGUCGGGUUUUGGAAAAAGCGAGGCUUGGAAACUGCAGCCGUUGUUUGGUGAGGAGCGGUGGCGUUUGGAGCUCGUACGUCGACCUAAAGUACAGACACCACAGCUUCACACUCCAACGAAGUCGUCAACUGCAUCCAAGAAGGAUGUACCGCAUGUCUUGUGUCUCUACCUCUCGUAUCUCGGCCUCAUGGCUAUGCCUAUCUCUGCUGAAUUGCCAACGCAUGUCAUGAUUGGAAUCCGUCCAGCUCAGCGUGUACACAAGCUGCCACGCUCACUGAAUCCUAGCUUCCUGUGGCGUGAUUUUUUCUCGUUCACAUUCCAGCAGGACAAUGACACGGUUGUUUUUGAUCGUCUACCGGACCUGGCUGACGUGCUGGCGGACCCUGAUGUGGCUGAGUCCAAUGCAUUUGACCUUGUGGUCCAGAUCACCACCGGACCAUCAGUGCUGCCGGAAUGCGAUGUCCGCGGCAGCUCUGGGAUCAGUGGCAUGCGACUUCCAUUUGAGGCACCUGAGAUGGCCAGCAUUCCCCAAGGCUUACUUCAAGGCCUAAAGGCCCUAGUCGACGAUGGAAGUUCAGGUGAUCUCAUGAUCACCGUAUUGGAAAAGGGCUUCGAGCAGCGGCCCACGCAAGAACUGGCCGAGAGUGUCGGGCUUACAACGUUCAUUCACCCAUGGCCUGUAGGCACUCCCAUGCCAGACUUUGAAGACGCAUCAGACCCAGAUGCAUACCCGCCCGUGUUUGUUCGUGAUCGAGUGUUAUGGGCCCACUCGUCCAUUCUUCGUGAGCGCAGCGACUUUUUUGCAACGAUGAUCGACUCGCAGUUUAGUGAAGGAGCAUUGCACGAGACCCAAGGCAGCCGUGGACGAACACGAGAUGCAUGGCGUAGACCGUAUCGUAUCCUGCGCAUCCCUUGUGCCGAUUUCGUUACCAUGUAUUGGUUCCUACGGUACAUGUACACGGAGGAGGUAGAGCUCUUGAAGGAAGAAGAUGUCCAGGGUCUCGCACUAGAUGAUUUUUGGAUUUUGAACCAGCCGCAUCCGUCUGCAAAACCCGACUUUAAAUGGCGCUUGGUGGAAGGGGUGGACGACUGGGAUGCAGAUAUUUUCCCACCGAUGGAAGAGGGCCAGCCACCCACUCUCUCGGAAGGGCAUGCACAGCGCUUGGAAGAUACUCGUGCACGAGCCCAAGAGAAAAGCGCCACAGCCAUGGAUCCUCAUCCUCAUCCACCCAUGCUCCCUGUACCGCCUGCAUCCGCUCUUGCUCUGUACCGCCUGGCGCAUCGUUACGGAGUCCAGCCACUUUGUGACCUGACCAUGACACAUAUCAUGUCAGUACUGACUCCGCACAAUGCCAUGCAUUAUUUGUUGUGCACGGCUUUACUCUCGCAAAUCCAAGACGCCAUUCAAGAGUAUAUCAUUCAGAACUGGAAGGCCGUAUCGAGCAGUCCUGAGUUUGAGUAUUGUUGCGAUCAGGUGUCUACCGGAGAGUGGGGCCCCUUAGCAGGCCGUUCCCUACUCUCACUCAUGCGCCAGUUGCGCCAAACGAACGACACCCCCUCUACCUAG